GUUUAUUUUGUUUCAGUUUAAUGAGUGGAGUUAAAAAUAAUGUUGGCAGAGGAAUAAAUGUGGCCUUGGUCAAUGGUAAAACAGGAGAAACAUUAGACACCAAGUUCUUUGACAUGUGGGGAGGAGAUGUGGCACCUUUCAUUGAUUUUCUGAAGUCCAUUCAGGAUGGAACGAUAGUGUUAAUGAGCACAUAUGAUGAUGGUGCAACCAAGCUUAAUGAGGAAGCACGGAAACUGAUUGCUGAAUUAGGAAGCACAUCUAUUACUAAUCUUGGCUUUAGAGACAACUGGGUCUUCUGCGGAGGAAAAGGAAUUAAGACUAAAAGUCCAUUUGAACAGCAUAUAAAGAACAACAAGGACACAAACAAGUAUGAAGGCUGGCCAGAAGUUGUUGAGAUGGAAGGCUGUAUCCCUCAGAAGCAAGACUAGAUGAAAACAAAAGAAAAGGAGAGAGACAAUAUGGAAGAAAAUGCACUUUCUGCUAUUAUUAGGGAGAGGGCUAUGAAGGAGACUGUACUGUAAAUAAUAUUUUUAAAGCAUGCAACCAUCUUGUCGGUGUGUGCAUGAGCACUGACAUUUUGAAUAUUGGGAUUAUUUAUUGCUAACACACCUAGAAAUCCUUUUUGUAAAUAUGUCCAAAAUAAAAGAAACAUCAAAUAAUUUCUAUGCAGGUUUCCUAAAAGCACAGUAUUUAGUUUGCCUGUGGUAAGGAAUAUCUUGUAAACAAACUGGCUGGUAAAUUGCAUAUGCGGUUAAUAAACAGAUCCUGACAAACGUUGUACUGUCCUCUUAACAGUGUAAUGUUGCUGUGAGUAUGUAACCUUUGAGGAGUAUUGUAGAUUUUAGUGGUAAGUUAAUGAAGAGCUUUAAGUUUUUUUUUUAUCCUCUGCCUUUUUAAUGGCAGCAUCACUUUUUAUUAAAGCUAUUUGGUUAUUCUAA